AUGCCUCUUUCUAAGAUCGCGGGAGUCCUGCUGGCCUCAGCUUCCCUUGUGGCCGGACAUGGUUAUGUGUCGAGCAUCGAGGUCGACGGCACUACUUACGGUGGCUACCUCGUUGACACCUACUACUACGAGUCUGAUCCCCCGGAGCUGAUUGCCUGGUCCACGAAUGCCACGGACGAUGGCUAUGUCUCUCCCACUCAAUACGACAGCUCCAACAUUGUCUGCCAUCGUGGCUCCGCUCCCGGUGCCCUCGCUGCUCCGGUUACUCCGGGUGGAACUGUCAAGAUGACCUGGAACACUUGGCCCGAUGACCACCAUGGCCCGGUGAUCACCUAUCUGGCCAACUGCAAUGGCUCCUGCUCUGAUGUCGACAAGACGGCUCUGCAGUUUUUCAAGAUUGAUGCUGGUGGCUUGAUCGAUGAUUCCGAGAUUCCUGGUACCUGGGCUACCGACAAGCUCAUCGAUAACAACUACAGCCGGAGCAUCACCAUUCCGUCCGAUAUUGAGGCUGGAAACUACGUUCUUCGCCACGAGAUCAUUGCCCUGCACGGUGCUGAGGACCUGGAUGGCGCCCAGAACUACCCCCAGUGCAUCAACCUGAACGUCACCGGAAGCGGUACUGCCACCCCAAGCGGAACCCUGGGAACUGCAUUGUACAAGGACACCGACCCCGGCAUCUACAUCGACAUCUGGCAGAGCAUCAGCAGUUACACCAUCCCCGGCCCGACCCUCUACACUGCUGGCAGCACUGCCACCGCUGCUGCUUCUUCUGCGACCACCACUGCUGCAGUCACCAGCGCCUCGACGACCGAGGCUGCUGUUGUGACCUCCGCUGCCACGUCUUAUGCUAGUGCCGGGUCCCAGACGACCAUGGUCACCUCCUCGCGUCCUCAGCCCACUGGCAGCUCCGGCAGCUCCUCCAAUGUUGGUAGCUCAGGUAGCACCAACAACCAAUCCGGCAGUGGCUCAACGGCUGGUGGACAGUUCGGUCAAACCCAGCCUGGCAUGGCAGGCUCCGACAACACCAGCCCCUCCGAUUCGGCCUCUACCCCCACCAGCUCCGCUCCCAGCGCUGCUUCUAGCUCCGCAUCUUCGGCUACUUCGGGCGUCUUGAGCGGCUCCUGCAGCCAGGAAGACUACUGGUACUGCAAUGGCGGCACGGCGUUCCAGCGUUGCGUCAACGGCGAAUGGGACGCGUCUCAGAGCAUGGCUGCGGGCACUGAGUGCACUCCUGGAAUUUCGGAGACGCUAACCAUCGCUGCAUCUUCAAAGCGUCGUGAUGUUAGCGGUCUUCGCCGUCGCCGGCUGUGA